CAACUAGACUGCAAUAAAAAAAAAUACAUUAAGAAAAGGUAAUUUCAUUCUCCAAAGGGACAAAAAUCAUAUGGGUGUUCAUUUAAGUCCAAAUAGGAGGUUUAUAAAAUGAAAACCACUGUGGAGCAGUAAACGAAGAUACUAACGAAUAGUUAAUAGCCUCUUCCUGGUUGGAAAGACUCAAGACAGCCGAGAUGACACUGGGCCCAGCGGGGCCAGAGCGCCACGUGAGGGCAGAUGAUCAGACUGCCUCGGAAGCUCCUGGAAGCGGUGGCAGGUUCCCGCAUCCCGCGACCUGGAGGGCGGGGGGUGGGGUGAAGCCGGCUGGCACCACCUGGUACAGGCUUUGGGAAGCCCGCCCCUCAGGAGAUCAGACCUGCCUGUCCGGGGCGGGGCCUCGGGAGCUCGCGGCCUGCGGAGCUGGAUGUGGGAGCCCCCAAGUCCUGGAGUCCAGAGGCCAAGGAGACAUGGCUGCCCCCCGCGAAGCUGAGAUCCGGAAGGACGUGCAGACCUACUAUGGGCAGGUGCUGAAGAAAUCAGCAGACCUCCAGACCAGUGCCUGUGUCACUGCAGCCAGGCUGGUCCCCAGGCAUAUCCGGGAAACCUUGAGGAAUGUACAUGAAGAAGUAUCCUCGAGGUAUUAUGGCUGUGGUCUGGUCAUCCCUGAGUGUCUGGAGAACUGCUGGAUUUUGGACCUGGGCAGUGGAAGUGGGAGAGAUUGCUACGUCCUGAGUCAGCUGGUUGGUGAGACAGGACAUGUCACUGGGAUAGACAUGACGGAAAGUCAGGUAGAAGUGGCUAAGAAGUAUAUUGAAUAUCACAUGGAAAAAUACGGCUUCCAGACACCCAAUGUGACUUUUCUUCAUGGCUACUUAGAGAAUUUGGAGGAGACUGGAAUCAAGAAUGAGAGUUAUGAUAUUGUUAUAUCAAAUUGUGUCAUUAACCUUGUGCCUAAUAAGCAACCUGUGCUACAGGAGGCAUACCGAGUGCUAAAGCAUGGUGGGGAGCUGUAUUUCAGUGACGUCUAUGCUAACCUUGAAUUGCCAGAAGAAAUCAGGACACACAGAAUUUUAUGGGGUGAGUGCCUGGGUGGUGCUUUGUACUGGAAGGACCUUGCCGUCCUUGCCCAAAAAAUUGGUUUUUGCACCCCGCGUUUGGUCACUGCCAAUCUCAUUACAGUUCAAAACAAGGAAUUAGAAAGAGUGAUCGGUGACUGUCGUUUUGUUUCUGCAACAUUUCGCCUCUUCAAACUCCCUAAGACGGGACCAGCUGAGAGAUGCCAAGUGAUUUACAAUGGAGGAAUCACAGGCCACGAAAAAGAACUGAUAUUUGAUGCAAAUUUCACAUUUAAGGAAGGUGAAAUUGUUGAAGUGGAUGAAGAAACGGCAGCUAUCUUGAAGAAUUCACGAUUUGCCCAGAAUUUUCUGAUCAGACCAAUUGGAGAGAAGCUGCCAGCAUGUAGUGCCUCUUCUGCUUUAGGAUCAAAGGGUAUAAUCACAGAUCCAUUCAAGCUUGCAGGAGAGUCUGAUGAUGUAAAGCCCAGAUGUUCCUCUGACGUUGCUGGAGGCUGCUGUCCCUAAUUUACAGGUGACCGGAAGAAAGGAGCAGAAAGUGAAGGACUUACAUGUGUCUUUUAAUCUACCCUUCUCCACAGCACAGACCAUAUGAAAGAAUAAAUGGCACAAAAGCCACUAUAUUCUAGGUCAUUGAUAAAA